UAAACCUAGAAUAUAUUAUUAUGAAGCGAUCGACAUCAAAAUCAAAGUGAUUUGUUAAGAUUUAAUUAGUGGAAACCGUUUUCUCCCUAAAUGGAAUUUCAUAGAAAAAAGUAGUUAUUUCGAUAGGAUCGCAAAGCUAAAUUCCCUCUUAAUUAUUUCCAGUUCGCUAAUUUUAGGUUUAGGGCGCGUUGAAGAAGCUUGAAGCUCAAAAGUGGUCACGUUUUUUUCAUUUAUAGUCUGCGGCUUACGCACUUGUGAAAUGUUAAUAUAGCUACACUCGCACAUGACGGCUUCUCUUAUACAAUAACCAUAAAAAUUUCGUUAGCGCGAUGUAGAAAUCGCCGCUCCUGGUACAGCGCCAUCUAUCGUGAUAUUUGGUAAACCUUUUUAUAUAAAAACACUACGAACGCGAACUAGGUACCGAUUAAUUAAAGCUAACGUACCCGCUAAUGCUCAACUUUACACCUACGAAAUAAAAUCGGCGCAGGCUCCAACUGGAUAUCUUGAUCCAUUCCGAUUUAAAAAGGUCUAAUGCCAAUAUAAUUUGAACCACAGUUCAACCCUAAAGUGUGAGCUAGACACGCAGUGAUUUUCAUCACGUUGACGUAACAUAGGUAGCAUCCGAAUAGGCAUUUUGCGCGCGCAGCUUAGCGUGGACCUAUCACUUCGCCGGCAGUAACCAGCCAGGCCACACGCUUUCCUGUCUUUCAAGUAAACAUUGCAACCCCCCCUCUCAAAAACAAAACACUACCCAGGCUGGUUUGCAAACGUGCAUCUUUCCAGACUUUCUUGUGACUUUGGAUAACGUGAAGCAAUAUUCGUGUUAUUAUUAGUUUAGUGAUCUUUCUUGGUUGUUAGUAAAGUUACCGGUUUGACGCUGUUGUGUGAGAGAGGUGUGAUGUUAGUGAUUAAAAUAAUUCGUUAAAUUAAAACAAGGUGAAGUGAUAACAUUUGUUAAUUAAAUUCAAUUAUAUUGUUACCUGUAUUCAACGAAGAAGGCAAUAAUUGUUAAGUUUUUAUUAGUGUUAAAGACUUGUUAAGUUAAAUAGUGAAAUCUAGAAGCAAUUAUUAGUCAAUUUAAAAAAGUCUGUGAUCAAGAGAGUGACAAUUCAAGUGUGGAACACAAAACGCGGGCAAGACGAAAGUUCAAAAAGUUCGUUUUAAAGACUUUCAAGUGUGGAACGGGCAAUACGAAAGUUCAAAAAGUUCGUUUUAAAGACUUUCAAGUGUGGAACGGGAAAUACGAAAGUUCAAAAAAUUCGUUUAAGGACUUUCAAGUGUGGAACGCGAGAAACGGGCGUUUCUGAAAUUCAAGAUGGCGUUUGCUGCAGCUCGAAUGAUACUGAAAGAUAAGCGGAGGAAGGCGUCCAAGGAAGACUUCAGGGAUCCCAGGAAUAGAAGCAAGGCUCGGAGCGCUAGCACCAGUAGCUUUAGGAGUGUAAGUCAGGCGCGGAACAAACCCGCAGACGGCGGUGGCCACGUCAAUCAGAAAAACGCGGCGGGCCAGAAAGCGACGCCGACGAGUCAAAAAGGUGGUCCAAAAACACCUGUAAAACCGUCAGCGCAAAAAGGAGCAGCGAAGACAGCGCCACCGAAGCAAGCCGCCGCCGCCGCAGCCGCCGGCAAAACUCCUCAAGGGAAGAAGAAGAAGGGACACAAGCACCAGCAGUACGAGCUCAUUGUUACUAUUAAUCUGUCCGAGUAUGGCCUUACGGAGGAGCAGGUGGCAGAGUUCAAAGAAGCCUUCAUGUUGUUCGACAAGGAUGAAGACGGCACGAUUACCAUGGCGGAGCUGGGGGUCGUCAUGCGCUCGCUGGGACAGAGACCUUCAGAGACUGAGCUUCGAGACAUGGUGAAAGAAGUGGACCAAGACGGCAACGGCACCAUCGAAUUUAACGAGUUUUUGCAGAUGAUGUCAAAAAAGAUGCGCGGCGCCGACGGCGAGGACGAGCUUAGAGAGGCUUUCAGGGUAUUCGACAAAAACAACGACGGUCUAAUUUCCUCGGUGGAGCUACGCCACGUGAUGACCAACCUCGGCGAGCGGCUCAGCGAAGAGGAGGUGGACGACAUGAUUCGUGAGGCUGACCUCGAUGGAGACGGCAUGGUCAACUACGAUGAGUUCGUGACAAUAUUGACGUCGAAAAACUAGUAUGCAGAGCAAACGCCGACGAGAGCACCUCCCCCUCGAGCACAGGCUCCCCGUAAGGACAGCAACGUCAGCACCCAACCUUACGGGGAUCUCUACAAGCACGGCGGUAAAGAAACUCUUAUAUAAACGGGACGGCAUUAAACGAACAGUGACAAUUCAUUAACCAGUGUUAAACGUUAACGAUAAUUAUCCGUUAUUUUAGAUCGCGCUUGGUAACAGUGUAUACGUACUUAAUGUUUAGAUGUGUGUCAAGUUUGCUACAAAUUGAGAGGGAAAAACAUGGAAUUUUUUCUCUUAAUUUUAAUGCAGGAAGCUAGAAUUGUGAAUUGACUUAACGCCGUUACAGGUUAGUUGAUUUGAAAUAGCGAAUUUUAUAUUGUUAGUUAAAUAAAUGUGUUAAAGACUGCUAGUGUAGUCCAAAUCAUUUGAUAAUUAACGUUAAAAUUUAUUUUAAAAUACAGUUUGUUUUUAGUUAUUUUAGUAACAAAAACAAGUCUGAUAUUAAAUUAAUAAUCAUGCUUAACUAACUUGUAACAGCUAAAGCAUACUAAUCGAUAUAAAUAAUUACCUAAUCUUAAACAAUAGAUCAUAAACAACUAAACUAACCUUAACCGCCAGUGUAAAUUACAUCAUAGAUAUAAAAAGUGCAUUGUCAUAGAUUCACUAGAUAAAAAUAAAAUUAAAAUAGCUGUUAACAAAAAUCGGUUGUGCCGACAACUUUUUGUAAGUGUACCAAAACAUAGUCUACAUGAUAAAAUUAAUAAUCUAGCAUCCGUACGUAUACACGUUGUGUGACUUUGUGUAGUUUUAGAAGUGUAUGUGUCGACAAAUGAUGCUGUCCAGAAAGAUCCUUUCCCAUAUGCCCAGUGUCCUGAAAUUCGGAUCUUGCCUUAUAUACAGUAAGGUGUAAAUUCCAUGUAAUUUAGGGAAAAGGAUCCUAACCACAAAACUCUGCCAUAAAAUUUAAAAAAUAGUCAAAAAGAAAAGUCAUUCGUUUUAAUGACAAAUUUUUAAGAGUGUGUCCUUUCGUUUAACAACGUCCAAUCCUACUUGUUAGCAAAAAACAAGUCACAGUGGAAAAUGCAAUAAUGUCGACUAAGAUACUUUUGCUGUCUAUUAAUCUUGAAUGCUCCAAAAGUCAACAGACACGUACUUCAAAUAUACAUUUUUUUUUGUAAUUGAAGAUUUGGCUUCAAUUAAUCUUUUCGCACACACACAAAAAAUAAAUAUUUUACGACCGGUAUAUAAUUUUAAGGUUGUUGUUUUGUUCUCGUUGUUUUUCCAUUUUUUUUCAGUUAUAUUUACGGCUGUUGGUAUCUUGAAUACCAAUAAAUAUAUAAAACAGUUGUCCUUCAAUGGUCAAUUCUCCUGAUUUUUGCUGGUCAGUUAUUCUGACGGAAUCUAGUGACAUCACAGAAAAGCCAACAAAGCUUCUUUCUGGACAGCACUAAGGCUUUCGUAAGUCUUCCAAACUGAGGGUUGACUGAAAUGAUGAGCCAAAUAUAAACUGAGUUCAUUAAUGUUACGAGGAAUCGAAGAAAUAUAUUUAUAAAAAGACUAGUGACUAAAACUAAGAUUUUAUUCAGUCCUAAACAAUGGAGGAAUUUUACCAAGUUUAUAUAGGCACAUGAAAAAGGGUACUUUUAUUGUAACAAGAUUUCUACUUUUUGCUAAGCUCUUAAAGACUAUAAGGCAUUUUAAAGUAGAGCUUCUUGUUUUGUGUGUAUCUCCAUUUUAUUCAACUUAUGGUUUAAGAUUCGAAUUUGUGUCGAUGUUUUCAGGGUCAUUAUUGUAGAGAAGGCACAAGAUCACGUUUUUAAAUUUCGUUUUGUGCCAUUGGAUCAAUUUUUUUAAUGAUAUUUUUGGCGCAAAACGCACUUUUCAAUCUUCCUUACACUUGAGCUUCUCUAUUUCAUUUCUGCGUUUUACAUGGGAAGUUAUAAUUGCAUAUAGGAUUACAAUGUUACUCCAAUGACAAGGUCAUUGUUUACUGAAUAUUCAACUCAUUGGAGAAAACAUCAUUAAGGUAAGUUUUAUAUUGGUUUUAUUAUAGUUGUUAUAUUAAAAUGAAUAUGUUACUUAAAUUUUAUAAAGGAUUUGGCAUUACAAUUGGUAUUGCAUCUAUAGAUAAGGUGACAAUUUACAAUCAUUCUCUAGCACAUUAUUUUUUUAAUGUCGCAUCUAUAUUUGCAUCUAUAGAGUAAAAUCAUCUUUAUUACAAAAAAUUAGGUACCUAUAACUAGACCUUUGUAGACGAGGGCAGCUUGAAAAUUAAAGUAGAAAUCUUGAAAAAUCUACAGAAGACUCAAGUCUAAAGAAGUGUUACAAUACUUCAUUCUAAUAAAGCACGAGUAUACAAGUAUAAAAUCAAUCUUUAUAAUGUCAUUUAAUUUUGAGCUUGAAAUCUGAAACAAGUUGUCGAGUAAGUCUUCAUUUAUAAAGUAGUAAAAGGCAAGUGGAGGGGUCAUUGCUCCAUAGAAAGGAUUUUUGCCACACAGAAUAUUAUCAAUAUCUGUGUCGGACUGUUCUUCUUAUUCUUAAAGAACUUCGAAAACUUGCAUCUAUACUAACUUUAAUAAGUAGGCGAUGCAAAAGAAUAGUGUGCUAGAGGUAUAGGUGAAAUUUGUGAUGCUAAAAGUUUGAGAAUAGAUGUAAAGUAAAAUAAUAGAAAAUUUACGUUUCUUUUACCCUUAAGUGCUCCGUCAUAGGCGCUCAUUACACAGAUGUUUAUGUGUUGUACCAUUUAUUUGUAAUUUUUAAGGCCUGAUGACUAAUAUAUUGCUAAUAUUUAAUAAAUUACCGAUAGAAUACGUUUCAAAUACUCAACUACGGCAAUGGUGUGAAACAGGUGGUGUAGAAACUGCCAUUAACACAUAAUGCUUGAUAAAUUACUUUUAAAUUUUACUUGUCUAUAGUUCCUUUAAUUAUAAUGUUAUCGAGAAAAUUAAAGCAAGAACAUAAUUAGUUAUUUAGUUUCUUUCUUAUAUUUAGUUCCAGAUUUUCGUACAUACUUUGAUUCCCAAAUUUGAACUUAUACUCACCAUAUUCCAUCUCAAUUUUAUUAUCACAAGGUAUGUUCUGUAACUUUUUAUUUAAACUACUUUAUAUUCCUUAUAACCGAAAACCAUCGAACCAUGGAAGUAACAUACCCAUAGACCAAAAUGAUGAGAUCAAAUUUUCCUUUUAGCGAUCGCAAAAGUAAUGUUCGUAUACAUUAGAGUAAACUCGGCAGCAGAAACCAAGAAGGUUCAAAAUAAUCUGCACAAGGUUUCUCCUAACAAUAAAGUUGUGCUCAACUUACUUUCAACAUUUUUCCCUUAUAACUACUUCAGUUGCUGACUGUACCUGCUAUAUAUUUAAGAUGAAAUUUUGCAAUUCGCUUCGCUAUAAUUGCUAUAAAAGACAACUUAUUUUUAUUUAUGUAACAUAAGCAUUGUUUCCAAAUUUGUGUCGUUUUUAGAGAAAAGGUAACAUGGAGUUGCUAGUAUUUGCUUUUUUAACGAUGCUUCAAAAAAAAAGAAAUGUGGCUGCGGUACGUACAAACGAAAAGACGUAAUCGCCCGCGACACUAAAAUACCUUUUUUAUGGGAACUACACAUUCAUAUACAUAAGACAAUAAUGUAUAUUAAUUUAAUACUCAAAUUAAAUUUCAAACUUCGCAUAUCAGUAAGCAAUAACCAAAUAAUGUGAAAUUAUUUAAGCAAAUCAUAUUUACAUAUAAAAAGAAAAAUAAAUAUUGACGUGAAAUUUUAGGUGAACUAUAUUUUUUUAGUCAAAUUAUUUAUUGAAUAAUAAUUUUAAUUGACAAAGAUAUUAUUUAAAAACAUAGAAGAAACCAUCUGUUUAAAUAAGUAGUCAAUAGUGGAAUUAUUUAUACAAUAUUAUGACUACAAAUAUGUUAUUCAAAGAUAUUAUAUUUGACUCUACCGAUAAAUUAUGAAGAAUAUUUAAGAAAUGAUCAUUUGAUUUUAUUAAUUUGCAAACAUAUAUUUUAAUGGGUCGUCGUGAUGAAUGAAAUAUUGGAAAACUGUAAAAUAUAUCGAAAUAGUUGUAUAUACAACUGGAAAGGUAUGUCCACACUGGUGUGAUUUAUUGUGCGUCUUUCUAAAACUCAUGCGUGUAAUGUCAACAUUUUCAAAUCACAAGACUUAUUUCAUACGUAUAGGGGCUCUCCGCGUUGGAGGAUCUGCCAUCUUGGGGCCUGAAUCGGAAACAUAAACUGUACAUUGACACUUCACGCCACAGCAAGUGCUGUCCUCUACAGUUCACGUACGUUUUCUUGAGGCCUACAUUGGAAGCGUAAACUUCACACUUAAUACUUCGCGUUAAUAAACUCGAGGCUCUUGUGCUGCCCUCUCCAGUUCCCUUGUCAAUUUGAUUAAAUUCUGUACAUAAAAUGGCAUUUAAAACAAGGUCUGAGAUUUGUAAAAGAGUUAUUCUAUAAGGCCCACUUGCACCAUUCCACUAACCCGUGGUUAAGCGGUUAAACCGUUAACCCAGUGUCAGUGAAUGUAAAAAUGACAUGUAAUAUUAUAAAUAUUGUUAAUAAAGAAUAUGAAUAUGAAUUGUACUGGUAACCAUGGUAACUUCAGCUUUAACCGGUUAACACCGGGUUAGUGGAAUGGUGCAAGUGGGCCUAACAGUUUGAACAAUGUCGUUGAAAUUAUUGACAUACGGCCCGAUUCGAAGAAUGAUUAAGACACGUUUAAGAUAUUGGAAAGAUCUUUAAAAGAUCGAUAACUAAACGACAUGUCAAAAUUGAUGUUUAUUUCGAUUCCGCUGUGAUCCUAAUAAGAUCUAUCUACGAUAUUUCUAACGUCAAAGUGACAUUGGUAGCCCGAAUCGAGCUGCUUCUGUCAAUUAUACGACAUACAAACGAUAUCUAAAUGAGAUAAUUAUCUAAACCAGAACUUAUCAUUAUCUUAUCUUUAUCGUAUCUCAUUAUUCGAAUCGGGCCGAUAGAAAUAAAUCAUUGAGAUAGUCUAAUUAGGUUUCAUUCACGAGAAAGGUCGUUUUGCCGGUUAUUAAUCAAACGCCUAUGGAUUUAGUCGAGCAAUCUCGACGAAACCAACUAUUAUCGUUUAACCAAUUUCUGGCAUCUACCUAAAUAUAAUAACUUGGAACCGAUUAUUGAAUUUCGAGCACUCGAUUUCGUUACUCGAAAAUCUGUCAAAAACGGAAAUGCAAUUAUUGAGAUACGAGCAAUAGAAAUUGGGAAUCUAGUGGUAUUGACCACUCGUUUUCAAUUCUAUUUGUACCAUUUAAAUGCCUAGUUAUAGUGGAUAUAUUAUUAUUAACACUAAAUCGAGCGAUAAAAAUUCAAAAAUCGCCUUCUUUUUCGUCCAAUACGUUAGACAAGACGACAACACUGUCAGACCGCGCACGCCGCCGAAGGGAAUUUUUCCGUUACUCGGGGACUCGUACCAUGUGCUCUGGCAUCUAUCAUCGUCAACAAUGUUAACUGCAAAAUUUAUCUAGAAUACAAUGUUAAUAUCUUAAAUAACACUGUUACUUACCUUUUGUGGAAGAACGGUUCCUAAUUAUAUUUUACAAACAUAAUUUAUUUUAAAACACGUAUUCCAUGUUUACAUUCAUAUACAACACAGACUUAAGAAUAGUGAUGGUUUUUAUGUGCCUGAACUAGGAUUCCUUGUGUUUCAGGCGCAGCAAGUAAGGUAAAUACGGAUAACUCAUACACACAUACACAUACAUACAUAUGACAUAUGGAUAAGUAUCUGGCCUUCACAUUGGGCUUCUUUACACAUAGAUAAGUGUUUAUUGCGAGUUAAUACUUUUACCACUUAACGCAAGUAGGUAGCAAAUGCUUGGACUUGCUAUAAUUAAUAAUUAAUGUGUAAACAGGCCCCAAUGUGAUGGCCAGCUACACUUGCCCCUAUGACACACUUACCCAUAUUGACCUUAUUCACAAUAUCUAAAAAUAUAUAGGUACUAGCACAAUGACCGCAAAAUUGUAUGUUACCAUGUCAUGAGGUCCAUUGUUGGUCCAAUAAAGUGUCCCUAUCCAUUGAAGACGCAACGUAAUCUGUGUGGACGCACCUUAUGUUAAAGCAGGUUCGCUUGCGUUGUGUGUAUCGACAAAAUAAUGUUACGUUAUGUACCUACCUAUGUAUGAAAGUGUAUGAAACAUUUAAGUUUUAAGCAAGUUAGAUAUUCAAUGUAAUUAGAUAUACAAGCUUCGUAUGAGACAAAACAAAGAUUUUAAUAAAAUCGACAUUUAAAUGG